CUGCUGUCUGCCUGCUUCUCUUUGAUUUGAUGGCCUUUAUUCCUUCUAAUUGAAUAAAAUAGGAAGUCACUGGCAGUCCUGUGUUGCUGGGUGUACAGUACUGAUUUCACUCAGACCAGCCAGCAGCACAGAGUGGGGAUAGAGGGGCGGGGAGGUGGGGGGGACUGGGAGAAAAGGGAGGAGAGACAGGAAAAAAAGAGAGAGAGAGAGACGGAAAGAGGGGACUCAUUUGGGAUGGGGAGAGGAAAGAAAAAGAGACUGGGAAGAAGGAAGCCCUCAGAGGAAGAAAGUGACUGAGCGCUCAGGAAGGACAAAGAGGGUGGGGGUGGAGGCAGGGCGGGGAAGGGAGUCACCGCCCCUCCUGGCCGCAGGCUUCCCUCAGAUCCCUGUGUUUGCAGUGAUGCUUGGAGGGCAGGCACCUGCUGCUCUGUAAUGAUUCAGCCUCUUUCAGCCGCUGCGUUAACACAACAGGAUGCUGUUGCUACUGUCACUGCUGCCUCUCCUGCCGCCGCCGCUGCUGCCGCCGCCGCCACCGCCGCUGGUCCUGCUUUUGCUUUUACUUCUGCUGCAUGACAGUUGUUUUCUUCAUCUGAGCAGACAGCAGCUUCAGAUGCUCGAGGUGAGGAACAUGCCUUUCAGUUUGGGCUACUGGUUUACUUAAUUAACCAGCCAUCGGCUGUGUUUCUAGUUUGGCCCUUGUCCUCUGGACCAGCCGGGAUGGUUUGGAGAAGCAUUUAAAAGAACUGGAAAAGUGGCCCAGAAACAACAGCUAAAGAAUUAUUACGAUAUACUUUUAUUUUGUAGUUGCUCGGAGCUUUUUCUUUCUUUUCUGUUUUUCUUCUUCCUCCUGAAUUCCUCUUGCUUUUGAUAAUGGCCCUGGACUUGGACGACUUAUCGAUUUCCCCCUCUAAGAUGCUGUAUCAUUUGCCUGGGGGGGGCUCUGCAUGGUAAUGGACGGUGAGAGAGGCCAGGCCUUCUGGAGGUGAGCCGAUGGAGAUUUAUUCCCCAGACAUGUCUGAGGUAGCUGGCCAGAGGUCCUCCAGCCCCUCCACUCAGCUGAGUACAGACCCAUCUCUUGAUGGGAUUCCCGCAGCUGAAGACAUGCCAGAGACCCAGACUGAAGAUGGGAGAAGCCCUGGACUUGUGGGCCUGGCCGGGCCCUGCUGUGUGUGCCUGGAAGCUGAGCGCCUGAGAGGUUGCCUCAACUCAGAGAAGAUCUGCAUUGUCCCCAUCCUGGCCUGCCUUGUCAGCCUCUGCCUCUGCAUUGCUGGCCUCAAAUGGGUGUUUGUGGACAAGAUAUUUGAGUACGACUCUCCUACUCACCUUGACCCUGGGGGGUUAGGCCAGGACCCUAUUAUUUCUCUGGAUCCAGCUGCUGCCUCAGCUGUGUGGGAAUCAUCUGAGACAUACACUUCACCUGUCUCUAGGGCUCAAUCUGAAACUGAGGUUCAAAUUACAGUACAAGUUGACAAUGUUGCUGUAUCCUCUGAAUCUUCAGCAGCACCAACCCCAAAGCAUCGGCUUUCUGCUUUUUCUUCCCGGCCGUCCUCUGCAUCCAACUUCCCUUUACCCACUCGGAACCCUGAGGUGAGAACACCCAAGUCAGCAACUCAGCCACAAACAACAGAAACUAAUCUCCAAACUGCUCCUAAACUUUGUAAGUAGAGAGAGAGAGAUGACGAUGAAUGAAGGGAAUGGUGGGCUUGAGCUCCGGAAAGGAAAGGUGUUUUCUAGAGUGCUAGCUGUUCCUUUCUUCUUGCAUUUUAAUUGUGUGGUUUUGUUUGAAAGAAUCAUGUGACUGAGAUGCUUGGGGUGGCUUUGAAAAGACAAGUAAAAAAAUCUUGUAAACUCCUGGUAUGAAUCAAUCUUUUAACAGCAGCUCCUCCUAGCCAGAGGUGAGAGAUCCAAAACUUCAGUGUCUGCAAAAUCAUGCUUGAAUUUAAGUGAAAUUCCAUUUACUUUUAACAUUUUAGAAAUGAAAACACC